AUCAUACUCUCUCUGUAAAUCCACCUUUUCUCUGGGGAAUUGGAGCGCGUGGUGUGCACGGACGCGUUAUCGAGCGGAGGAUUUUGAUUAUUGGCAACAUGUCACGCGCCUGUGAUGCGACGAGACGCGGGAGCAGCCGGGGCGAUACAAUCACACCAGUGACUUGCUGGAUUUGGUGAUGAUGGUGCCUUUGGAUGCUCAUGGAGAACUGUAAACAAGAUUGAGUCAACAAAGAAGGGACCUCUCAACCUGCUAUUUAAAGGAAAUAAGUCACUGGAGGCUGAUCUUAUGAGGACAUUGGGUUUUUAACACAGCUGCGUGCUGUUCUAAAGGUCCAGGUGGGAAGCUACACCGCCCCGAGGCAUAGCUAUGGGCUGCGGGGGGAGCAGGACCGAUGCUCUGGAGCCUCGGUACCUGGAGAGCUGGACCAAGGAGACGGAGUCCACGUGGCUGACCAGCACCGACACCGACAUCCCCCUGUCCUCCAUCCAGAGCAUCCCCUCCGAAAACUCUGAGGCUGGCUUCGCAUCGGAGAAAACAAUCACCCCUGUUCCAGAUUUCUUCGAGGAAGGCCUCCCUCUUCCUGCUCAGGCGUACCUGAAGGUCUGCUCGGCCGUGUCUGAAGCCAGUCUGAGCGACGAGAAGCCGGGCAGCCCCCCUGCUCUAAUGGGCUCUCCCCCCAAAGAGGCGGUGAUACUGUCAUCUGGAACCACAGUGCAGCGCAGAAGUGUGCUACACACUGAGGAGAUUACUAAAUGGCAGGACAAUCGGAUGUCGACCAAGCAGGUGACCAUCACAGUGACGCAGAGCAUCCAUCAGGUGGACAAGAACGGGAAGGUGAAGAAGUCCCUCACCACCUACGAGGUUAUGAAACCCUCGGAAAACCUCAAACAGGUGAACACAGAAAACACCUGAGAGCAGGGGACACUGGAAGAAGCUGAACUAAAAGAGAUGACAAAGUGAACUGAUGGAGUCUUUGUUUCAAAUCUGACGGCUGAUGGAAGCGCAGGAGGGAUGAGACUCUGAGCUGUACAAUAUAGCUAGUCCUGACAACAUGGCGGAUUUUCUUCUUUAAAAGUAUACACUGUAUAAUGUUAUGGUUCCUGUGACUACAUUGACAUGAUAAACUGUAGAUUAGUCAUAGAAAAUACAAAACAUGACAGUACAUACAGUAUCAGACCUGAAAAACAUACGAGGACAGGAAAUAGCUUUUGGGCAAAUGUUGAAUUUCUUAAGUGAACUACAAUCUAAAACGCGUUCUCAUCCACAUGUUAGGAGGCUUUGAGGAUAGAUGCGUUGAAUCAAAUGAAUCAAAUAUAAUUUGUAAUUGUUCAUCCCAACAUAUAUGAAUACACAACAUGUAGUUGCUGCUGUGCUACGAUCUGUAGGGCUCAGGAAAAUGAUUGUGAUGAUUGCACUAUUUACAGUGAAGCUUGGACGGGAGUUAGUGCCAACGGUGUGGAACAUUGUCCUCUACGUUGUGUCGGUUUUUACAGAAAGGUGUUGCAUUUUCUUAUAUAGUAAUUUCUUGUUUAAUAAAUUAAACGAAAACAUUAAUGGUACUUCAUUUAUACGACUUAUAAGCUUUCUAUAGUCAAGGAAAGUACAAAGACUAGGGAUAAGCAUAUUGGCACUUGACACAUGUACGUUUAGGGAUGGUCACAUAAUCAAUUUUAUACAGAGCAUGUAGGAUUGAAGCAUCUUUUCUGGCAGAUGGCAUUUGUGUGAGCAAAUGGACAAACAAUUGCAGACUUUCUACGUAGUCUUGAGGGAUUCUGAGCAGUUCUGAGGUCAGCUUUGGGUUGAAAGAGUGUGUAUCUGUUUUUGAUCGUCAUAAUGUAUUUGUCCAGAUCUGAACAAUGGCUCCUCUUUGUCCAUCCACUCCUCCAUACAGAAGUCUGGGAAGAAGAAAUCGAUUUCUCUCCGUGCCGACUCAAUGGAAUCUGAAGAGGAAUGAGAUAAUACAAUUUUAAAAAACUCGGUAAUCAAUAUGUCAUUUGACAGCUCGUAAUAAUACAAAAGCAAUGUGUUUUUUUACAUACUGUAUGUCAAUGCAUUCCUCCUACCUGAGCCAUGAGUGGUGUUUCGUGUGUCUGUGAGUCCAAAUUGGCCCCUGAUAGACUCGGGCGCUGUGUAUCUGGCUCUGAAAACUUUAGUUGGCCCCAUCAGUUCUCUCCAGUGACGUAUGGCAUCCUCUCUGGCUAAAAGGUACGCUCGCAUCGGACCACUGAGAGGAAACACAACAUCAAGUUUGAGAAGUCAUGAAUCACAGCCAAUUAUCACGCCAUGUAAGCCGAUAGCAAAACCACACUCUGCUCUGUGUUUUUCCGACGUUCAAUUUUAACACUGGAUGCUUUCCAUGCUUCAACAGAGAGGCAACAAUGGACUUGAAUCCAAUCUAUCCACUCCAAAACCUCCUGGGAAGAUCGUGUCCAGGAAUUAAUAUUGGUCUAUCAAUUUGAUCUCUAAACAAUGCCGACUGGAACCGGGCACAGGAUGUUUUCUAAUGUCUUCAAUAACGCUGAAGGCAUCCAGAGAAAGGUUGCUGUGGCAACUACCUAUUGACUGCUGCGAGGGCACAAUAAUGACACUGUGUUUACGAGAACCUUUUUGCAAUCCAGAGGAGCUCACGUGGAGCUUUUGUCAGCGGGCUUCAUGGUGACUUUCAUGAAUAUUGCUCCACGGCUGUUGUCCGCUGAUAAUUCAAACUCCUGUUGUGAAGUUCCAGAAAAUGAUUCAUUGGUGACUUGCUGAGCAUAAAAUUAGAGCAUCAUA